UGUCGGCCGUGGCGCGACUUGCGACGAUGGCCGUGGCGCUGGGCUCGCGGAGCGCCUUGCGGCUGCGGCUGCUCCUGUCACAACUGAAGCCCGGGAUCCGUGUUUCCCGGGCCGGGCCCGCAGCCGCGUUCGGCACCUCGGUGACGUCUGCCAAAGUGGCUGUGAACGGCGUGCACCUGCAUUACCAGCGGACCGGCGAGGGCGAGCACGCAGUCCUGCUGCUUCCUGGGAUGCUGGGAAGUGGCGAGACUGAUUUCGGACCCCAGCUUAAGAACCUCAGUAAGAAGCUGUUCACGGUGGUAGCCUGGGACCCUCGGGGAUAUGGACAUUCCAGGCCGCCGGAUCGUGAUUUCCCAGUGGACUUUUUUGAGAGGGAUGCCAAAGAUGCCAUCGAUCUGAUGAAGGCGCUGCAGUUUAAGAAGGUGUCUCUGCUGGGCUGGAGUGACGGCGGCAUAACCGCGCUCAUCGCCGCCGCCAAGUACCCAUCCUACGUCCGCAAGAUGGUGAUCUGGGGAGCCAACGCCUGCGUCACGGAUGAAGACAUCAGGAUUUAUCAGGGCAUCCGAGAUGUCUCUAAGUGGAGUGAGAAGGCAAGAAAGCCCCUGGAAGCCCUGUACGGCUAUGACUACUUUGCCAAAACCUGUGAACAGUGGGUGGACGGCAUACAGCAGUUUAAACGCCUCCCAGAUGGCAACAUCUGUCGGCACUUGCUGCCCCUGGUUCAGUGCCCCACCCUAAUCGUGCACGGCGAGAAGGAUCCCCUGGUCCCACGUUUUCACGCCGACUUCCUGCAUGAGCAUGUGAAAGGGUCACGGUUACAUCUGAUGCCAGAAGGCAAACACAACCUGCAUUUACGUUUUGCAGACGAAUUCAACAAGUUAGUGGAAGACUUCCUCCAGUGACAGUCUCCGUGGUUCUCGGUGGGUGUGGCCUUCCAUCACACUGCUGCCUCUGGGAUGUCACAGCUCCCCCCUCCCUCCCCCACACAAUCUGAUCCCAAUCAAACUGAAACAGUGGUACAAAGAUGACCUCUAGAUUUUACAGCUGCAAAAAAUGAAAUUUUAACAUUAAAUUGUAAAUUUCU